GUCGAAUCAGACACGCCUUGUCCAAGUCAUACGGCCAGAUCCAAUAUCAUACCUAGAGGUACCCAUCUUUAUCCAAAACAAAUCGCAACACAACAGAAGACCUCGAGAAGCAAACAGAAAGCUCCAACGGGAGCCCAGACCUUCAAGGAGCAGCACAUUUCACCUCCAUAACAACAUAACACAACACAAAAAAAAACAUCAAAUCAUGCCCGAAAUCACCCGCACCUUCAACAACCCCCUAGCCUCCCAUCAAGCCCGGCACCACCACGACCUGCGCGGCACCGGCGAACAAGACCCCUCGGGCGGGCAGACGCGCGCCGAGCACGAAGCCGACAAGCCCAAGCACCCCUUUGACGAAGCCCUCCGACCGUCGCACGUGUUGGGCGCGGAGAAGAACAUGGGCGCUCCCGAGAAGCUGGAUGCCAAGGCGCAGAAGGAAGGCGGGGCGCUGAGCGGUGCAGGGUUGAAGGAUACGCUGGACAUGAUGGCGACGGAGGAAUACAAUCCGUACAGAGAGGGCAAGAAAAAUCCGCGGCUGCAGGAAGGGUUGCCUCACGGAGUGGGAGGGUUGGAAGGGAAAAAGACGGAACUGGAGGGAGCAGGGGACUUAUUCCCCCCGACUUAUGAUGAAGAAACACCGUGAGCUGUGGAUGGUUAUACCACUUGGAUGGGUAGACUCUCGUUGGUGUUGCGUGGAAAGGGUACUUGGUAACAUGUUUUUUUUUCUGUAGUUGGUGCCGAUAUGGCUACA